AUGACGAGACCUGGAAUGAUUCGCGCCGACACAAUCGAUCUCCAAGAUCGUGACGCGCCGUCCGCCAAAGACCACACUCAAAUAAAGACAUCGACCAGCACAAAGGACACAUUGUCGUCUUCGUCCUCGACCCCCUCGGACCAAAAAAACCUUCAUCUCGCCUCUCACCAAGCCGAAACCCUUCGGGGCGUGGCCGCGGAAACGGCACAAGACCGGCGCAUAUCGUGGACCGGUUCGAAUUUGUCUGACCUACACAUUUAUGGGAGCGACCUUGCCGCCGAUAUUUCCGAUACCCUCAACCUAUCACGCAGCCUACAGCAGCCUACUCCCAACCACCUCAGCAUGACGGGGCACCAACAGCAGGAUGCGCUCGCCAUCGCGCAAAAUGGUGGAGAUGUUGUCGAUGAAGACAUGGAGGAUAUCGACGACGAGGAGCUGGAGGACGACAUGAUGGACAAAAUCUCUAGCUCGCCCUCAAUCGAAGAUGGGAACAGCCAGGCAUCCAAAACGCCUCCUGUGUCUCCGGACGGAUCUGCUUUCCGCCAACACCGUCGUCAUCGCAGUAGGUAUGAUACGAACGAGAACACGCCGCCGUGGCCCCUCAACUACGACGAACACAUUAUCGGCCCGCUCGUCGACCCAGCCUGUUCUUUCGCCCGGUCUCCCGCUAAAGCAGGUUUGGAGGAAAAUGACUUUUCGAAAGGCCGCGACCUCUGGGAUGUUUCCGACGACGUAUUCGAUGAAAUGAUGAUACCAUAUUAUCAUGACGAUGACGACGGUGAUGACAAUGCCAGCGGCGGUGCUAGCGCAUUAGAUAUCCAUGACAAUGACGUUAAAUUUGUGAUUUCCGGUUGGGGAAGUGAGUGCUUACACAACAUAGAGGACAUCGAUUUCGAGUUUGUUUACGCCCUCCAUACCUUUAUGGCUACGGUCGAGGGUCAAGCAAAUGCGACAAAGGGAGACACCAUGGUCCUGCUUGACGACAGCAACAGCUACUGGUGGCUCGUUCGUGUGGUCAAGGAUAGCAGCAUCGGCUACCUUCCUGCCGAGCACAUCGAAACACCGACGGAACGGUUAGCACGACUGAACAAACACAGGAACAUUGAUCUAUCCGCGUCUAUGCUGGGUGACCAGGCCGAGAAGACGAAGAACCCCCUAAAGUCGGCAAUGCGGAGGAGGAAAACAAAGACCGUUGCCUUCGCACCACCGACCUAUGUUGACUACUCCGACAUCGACUACUCGACAGACGGGGAAGACCUGGAGGCCGAAUAUUUUGCUCAACAACAACAGUCGCAGCAGCAGCAGGAAUCGCAGGAAGAGCACAAAGAAGCGGCCCAAUCCGAUUCACAACAGCAGGGUCAGCAGGGUCAGCAGGGUCAGCAAGCAGGGGCUAUGGCUGGCAAGGACGUGGCCGACGAAGAGGAUGAGACAGCCAGGGUCGAGCCCUUGAAGCCCCGCGCACCCAAAGAAAACGUCAAAGCUGCCGCGGACGGCAAGACAGACGAUGCGAAUGAAGACGGCACGGGCAAGGGCGGCCUGACCAGGACCAGCGAAGAAAUUUUUGUUGUGUCCAAGUCUGAGACGCCUGGUCCGAAGAAGACAAAGGACGGCACGGUUCGCGACUCGUUCUUCAAGGACGACACAGUCGAGACAAAAAAGAUCACCUUGACGCCUAAUCUCCUGAGAGACGACAGCGCACCACGAACAUCCUCGGAAUCCAAGGACGCGAAGCAACGCCCGAGUCUCGACCGCCUCGACAAGGACAUUAACAGUCUCCUUGUCAAGGACGACAAGAAGAAAAAGGACAAGAAGGAGAAAGACAAGAAGGCGGGUGGCUUCCGUAGCCUGUUUUCGAGAAAGGACAAGAAGCGGGGCGAGAACGAAGACGACGAGUCGUUUGGAAAGCGGUCCAUGGACGUUGGUAGCGAGGGUACCGAGAGAGACCUGGACGAGGUGGAAGAGGAGCCCGCGGAAGAAAAGGCUUCGUCUCCAUCUACCACAGCCGCGCCGCAGCAGGGCCCACAGAGGCAUCCGAGCAAGCUCCAGAAGCAACAACCACUGGGCCGCAUCGCCGAGGUCUCGCCAACAAGGAAUCCAUCCGACGGCAGCACAACACAAAAAUCCAAUGGUAAGGAUACUACCGGUCCCUCCUCUACCCGCGCACGGGUGACGCGUCCAGAAGCGAAGCCGGAAUAUGCUGACAAUGUAUCUUUAGCCACCAUGCGUAUGGUCGAUCCCGACGGUGCAGAGGAUAGCAACAACAGCAACAACCAACAGGGAUCUACUGGUAACACGGCGGCUUCACAAGCUACCCGGCCACUGAUGGUCACAAAGGCCCCUGCACGGGCGGUCCUAGACGAGUUUGAGUCGGAUGAGGAAGCUGGUGUUCUUGAACCGCAACACCAGGGCGCCGUUCAUGACGAGGAGCAGAAACGGCCACAUCCCGAACAGCGUCGCCUGGAGCAACAGCAACAGCAACAGCAAACAAGGGAUGUGCCGCGGUCGGGAGACGACUCGUCGGCAUCGCCUGUUCAGGGGUCGCCUGUCAACGCCAACCAUCCGCCUGCGCUCAUGGUUGAUACAUCGAGCCAGGAAGAGGAGGAGGACCAGUCAUCGCCGAUUUCGUCGCCAUCGCCUGAGUUGGUAGGCUCCGAGGACCGGUCUGGCGGCAACCACUACGCACAGGACUCGAUCACGACGUCGACGUCGACGACGACGGCCAACACUGCGACAUGGAACGACGCCAGCCUGCGGGCCUUCUUUGACUCGGGCACUGACGUCCGCGACCUGUUGGUGGUGGUGUACGACAAGUCCGACGUUGUGCCGGCGGGGCCAGACCACCCUGUGGUCAGUACGCUCUUCAAGGAGCAGAAUACCAAACUGGCCGAGAUUACGACGCAACUGGACAACAUGCUCGGCGACUGGCUGGCACGAAAGCAGAGACUACGGGGCACCUUGUAG